AGAACAAAAGUAGGAACCCCGUUCCAUUUCUUAUCGCUGCUGUCCACGCGCAUUUAAGAUGCAUUUGUGGUGUUGAUGAGUUUUCUUUAAGUAAAGUUGCUUGACAGAUCUUUUAUAGGCCAUUUCUGACGCACAAUAAUGUCUUCAAACCGUCAUUUACGCAAUCAUAGACAUAAUGAAAAUGAUGAAGAAUCUGACAAAAUUUACACACAACGGCUACGAGGAGGACGGCGCCCAAUAGAUUUUCAUGUUACUAGUGACGUCAACAAAAAUUUGCUCAAGAAAGACACAUGGAAAAUCAAAAAGGAAACUACAAAACCGAAUGUUCAGCUUGCUUCAGCUAAUGUUGACAUCCUAGACACCAUAAACAUCAUUGACACUAUUGACAGACCAGCAUGUGCCAAAGCAGAAUCCAAGUAUGCUCGAUGUGGAAAAUAUGCAGUAGGUUUGAAAAACAAACCAAUGGAGAGAAUUCCCAAAGCCGGAGUUUAUGCAGAAGCAGGAGUUGGCCGUGCUCGUGCUCAAGUCAGUGUGGUAGAGGCAGAAGCCAAUGGGCCCAACGCCUCGGCCGGUGCUGAAGCAAGUGUGGUUGGCGUCGGAGCGAUGGCUCGAGCCGAAAUUGCCAGUGCAUCAGCCAAAGCCGGUCCAGUUGGUGUAAAGGUGGGACUUGGAGUUGAUACAGGUGCAUCUAUUGGUCUGGGUGGUGUUGAGGCAAAAGUCCUUGGAACUGGAAUCUCAAUUGGUCCAAAAACAAGUGUUGCUGUUUUGGGGUCAGAAGUGUCAUGUUCAGUCAUGUAGUCGUACAGAUUGUCUUUGAAUGUUUGCAUGAAACAUUUAACUACGGAGCAAUAGAGAUAUCGACCCUGUUAAUGCAUUUUACAGGUGAGACAUAAAUAAUUUAAUCUACAAUUAGUAUUGUUGUUAAAAGUAAGGAAAAAAACAUUGUUUUCCAAUUAUUUGAUUCUACAAUUGUAGUUUUGUAUUUGUUUAAAAAUAAAUAUAUUUGUUUAUGCA